AGGUGCAAGGUACCUUACCGAGAAACUGCAUUUACGUCACAGGUGAGCGGCGGGUGUUCCCCGGGAAGAAUACGGGAGUCUUAGGGAGAGAGUUUUAGUCAGCCGAAGACCAUUCCACCAUGCACUCGAGACGCGGAAGAUUUUGGUUCGCUUGACGUCAGCGGGCUCCCCUCCUUAUUACCUGGGGCUGGUUUAAAACUCAGGUCUGUCUGGAAGCGAAGCUCACUCCCAUCAGCUGUGCCUUGCGACGCGCUCACUCGCUUUGCUCGAGCUUUUCGGGUUCUGUUGAAGUAUUUUUUUUUUUAAUUCUAGUUAUCGUUUUUUUCUCUGUGGGCGGGAGAAGAGAUCGUUCAGAGGUAGUGAACAGACUUAAAGAAUCUCAUCCCCGGCGAGACGAGACGCUGGCGCCAUCUUUAUCCACAAUCUUUGAUGCACAGUCGACAAAUGGAGCCAAGUUUUGACAGCUUAGAAUCCUCUCUCAGCUUCGAAGACUCGCUCCUACACUCAAGCAACAUAGACAGCCUCUACCAUACGUACCUAGGCAGCAUGGACACUUUCCCUGCAGCAUAUGGUGGCAGUGACAACUAUUCCACAGGACAGCUGAACCUCCAGUGCCAAAGCCUACACGACAGAGCAGCCAGACAGCGUGGCGCACACCUGGAAACGUUUCAGAAUGUCAGCGUCAGCGACUGGCGGGGAGAGGAGUGCGCCGCCUGGGCCUCUAGCGUGUGUCGCCGCCGGGGCCUCGACCAGAACGCCGUGGAUCUCUGCUCCUUCAGGACGCUCAGCGGGCCCCUUAUGCUUCAGUUUUCCCUGCAGGACUUUUGCACACUUGUAGGCGACGACGUUGGGAGACUAUUUUACAAGGACCUUCGAGCUCAAGUGAAGAGACAAGGAGCGGAUUACCUGGAGGACCCAGGCGAAGGAAACUCCUCCAUCUUCAGCGCGGACUCGAACGCAGCCCAAGACGACGACUCGUGGACGUACACGAAGGACGACUUCCAGGCCCUCGACAAGUACAUUCUCGAAGACACGUGGGACCCCCAGUCGGAUAGCCUGCAGGACCUUGAUCUACAGGAACAAUUCGUGCCGAUCAAAUAUGAUGAGUAUCCGGCUCAGCCUCAGCAACCACACAUGCCCCAAGGUCACCACAACGAGCCGCUGACCUUGCAAAGUGACCCAGCCUCCUCGUACCCGUCAACAGCUGACUCAGACGUUUUCAAAAAGAUUCCAACAAAUACACGUAGACGAGAACGAGGCCCCAAAAGCUGGGAGUUCCUGGUCCGCCUCCUAGCUGACCCUCGAACCAAUCCCUCGGUGAUUCGCUGGGAAGACGAAGCUGACGCGACCUUCCGACUCACGCAGCCAGACUCGAUCGCCAGGAUGUGGGGGACCAGGUCAGGGAAGCCCAGCCUCUCGUAUGUGAACUUCGCGAGGGGUCUGAGGUACCACUACAACACCGGUGCUCUGGAGGCCGUGUCAGAGAGGCAGCUCGUGUACCGCUGCGGACCUAAAGCACUGCAAUAUCUCAAGCAACUCAAGCAAGAAGGCAUGUGAGGUGUUCGUCUCGUCUCCUGCUUUUGAAGGAACUGCUGUCGGGUCUCCAUUCUCGAAGUAGUGGAGGCAGUGUGUUUGAUUUUUUUUCUGGGCAUUUUUUU